AUGGCACCUUACGAAGCCCUAUAUGGGAGAAAGUGUAGGAGUCCUAUAUGUUGGAAUGAUGUUAAUGAGUCGUUGGGAUUAGGACCAGACAUGAUUGAGGAGACUACAAAGAAGGUAAGGAUGAUCCAAGAACUUAUGAGGGGCGUGCAAGAUCGUCAGAAGUCGUAUGCAGACAACAGGAGGAGAGCAUUAGAGUUUGAAGUAGGUCCUUAUGAAGUAUUGGAACGAAUUGGGGAAGUAGCCUAUAGAUUAACAUUACCUAUGAACCUAGCCAAAGUCCACAAUGUCUUCCAUGUAUCCCAACUCCUAAAAUAUGUCCAUGAUCCUUCCUAUAUCAUACAACCUGAAAACAUUGAACUUGAUGAAACCCUUACCUUUGAAGAAAAACCAAUAAAAAUCCUUGAUACCAAAACAAGAUGUACCCGGAACAAGGAAAUCAAGUUGGUCAAGAUAUUAUGGACGAACCAGCCAACCAAAGAAGCCACAUGGGAAACCGAAGUUGACAAGACAAAGCAAUACCCGAAACUUUUCGAACAGGCUAAGAGAUGCGGAAAGUUAAGAGUGCGACAAUGA